AUGAUAGAGAAAGAGCAACUUGAGGCUGCACAUUGUUUUAAUUUGCAGAAAGACGUCUUGGACAAGGGGAUGGGGGUUAUGCAGCAAGUAAACUCAGAGGCUCUUUCUGCAGUUUGGGAAUAUUUCCUACUGGAUCAAGUGCCCUCACCCACUCCUACAUUCCCCUCACCUUUGCCAUUAGAUGCUUCUGAAACGAAUGCUGAGCCACAAAGCUCGGCUUUCUUUUGUUAUUUAAAGGAAAAAAUAUUGGAAUGGAAUCCCAACUUUCCAACUUCGAACGAGUAUGUUAAAAUUGCGUUAACUUUAGACCUAAGCCGCUGUUCUACUCGCUCAAGUCGAUUCUGGAAAACCAGACAUCAUCAGUUAAAAGCCUUGAAGACAUUAAAACCGUCCACUCUUGCAGUUCAAAGUACUCGGAUUACGAACUUUUGCAUUGGAUGCUUAUUUUCGAAACCCUUCCUUCAAACACCUUGCUCAAACUUUCCAUCUCAAGCAAAGUUGUUGAAUGCGAAGAUUGGAAGUUUCUAUAAAAUUAUUAAGGAGCGCCAAUCCUUGCUUCAUAAUCCAGUUUCCGACGACAGCGUAUAUUGUCUGCCGCUUAGGGUCCAUGGCAGGGUUAAUAAGAGGACAAAUCGAGAUUUUCUCUUCGAUGAAAUCUCGUGGAUGGCCUUGGAUUUUUAUGAGGAAAGACGCCUAAAAAUACGCUUGGCUUUUUUGUUGGCAGCAGAUGCAGCCAAAUUUGUAUUGUCGAAAACCAGUCCUCCAUUGACCCAGGUCGAGGAGAUUGGAUCUUUUUGCCAACAAGCCUUUUUAAAUGAUGUUCCUGUUUUCGGUCCGCCGGAUAGGAAGGAUUUAAAUCUGCCAUGCAUCUCUGGAGAUCCUCGGACUUCAAUGGAUAUUUCAACUGAUCUACCGCAAACAUAUCCUGACAAGUCAAAUGCCCUCAAAUAUGAAGGACACUCUCUGACGCUGUUAGAGGGUCCAUUUUCAUACUCUUCGGCACCCCCAAACUCUAUAAGCGAUUCAUUGACAACUUUAAACGGGUUUCUUUUGCAUCAUCUUGAGAAUUCGAUAUCCUCUUCAAGAUCUACGUCUCCACACCCGGUUAUUCCGCCCUGGUCUCUGUUGGAGGAUCAGCUGAUCCUUGAAGCCUGCUUGCAGUUUAAUUUCAACUGCCAUUUAAAUUCUGCCCUCCAUCAACAAACGGCCAGUCCAAAAAAUUUUCCAAUUAUAAUCCAGCAUGAGCUUAUGCCUCCUUGUAACUUGGUGUCUGAGCUUCUUAAUGCUACGUGUCAUCACAAUUCAUUUGUUCGCACACCUUUUAGCGUUUUGCAGCGCUUCUAUUACUUGGUUAAGCUUGACGGAAAGAGUGCUCAACGCAAUUUGUCUCCCAUUGAGGAAAAGUCGCAUAGCUGUUCCAAAUCCUUUUUGUUGCGAAUAUAUCAAAAGGCCAUCAACUCGCACAAGCCUCAAAACAUAGACAAUAACACAAAUCUCCCGCCAUCAUGGAAGCUUAAGCAAUGGGAAAAACGGUUGUUUAUCUUUGGGCUUAUUAAAAAGAAAAUCCACACUCGUGGUGGGUCCAUUUUAACCAAGGACCAUAAGCGACAAGUAAACCUGACAUCGGAAAGAAGAUUAUCUAAGCUCUCAACCUUUAGCUCUCUUUCAGGUGGCACUCACACAGCCUCUCCAACAUUCAAGUCUCAUCUUCCAUACAAUUUGUAUGUUAGCGCUAUAUCUGCUCAUCCAUCACAUGAAUCUGCAGUAAAAAAGGCAACUUCGGGGAUUCCAAAGCACUUGGUUAGUAGCACUUGUUCUGCAUCCGACUUGGCACUUAAACGGUUGCAUCGAGUAUACCACUUCCAGAGCCAGCCAAAUAUAGGUCCAGUUAUUAUCAGUCCCAUUGGGGGCGGAUUUCCUGGAAUGGUUCCUCCUGGAACUUCUGCUAGAAAAGGGGUAUAUCCUGAGCAGGCCCCAUCACCGACCCAGGGCUCUACGACGCUGGUUCAGCCUUUUCAAAGAGUUGGUGCUUACGCAACUCAUAACCAAAGAACGGUAUCCCCAAUUCCAAAUAGAAUGAUACCCAUUUCCAACAUACAAAUGUCCCAACGCUCACAGCAAAUGCCUCUUCAGUCAUCAGUGUUACCGGUGCCAUCCACAGGAAGUAUGCCUUGGAACCCAACGCUUGGCAUGCUGCCGAUAGGGGGGCAGCCUAAUUGGAACUCCCAAAUGCUCCAACCAGUACAAUUUUCGUCAAUUCCCCAAUCUGCAACCCAACAGACUCAGACAUCUUUUCAGCAACCUUCCCAUGUUUAUACCCAAGGAACUCAAAUGUUGCAACCACAAAUUUCCACCUAUCAGCCUUCAUUGGGACAAUAUUAUCAUUCCCAAUCUCAACCCCAACCCCAACCCCAACCCCAACCUCAACUUCAACCUCAACCUCAACCUCAAGCCCAACCUCAAGCCCAACCUCAAGCCCAAGCCCAAUCCGCAGGUCCUUCAAACUUUACCCCAAUUCCUUUGAAUUCCCAAAUGCAGCCGCUUUCAAGCUCUAUGCCAUUGCCGCCGCCCCAAACAACCCAUCUGAAUAAUGUUCCUCAGAUGGCGUCAUUCCCACAACUUCAACAAGCAUCUUCGCCACAGAUUCAGUCUAAUCAAGGACCCACUACCCAGCCUCUACUGGCACCCUCAUCAGCUCCAAUAUAUCCACAGCCGCCAUUACAUAACGCUGCCGGGCAAGCUUCGCGCCAAUCGGGCCUGCCCCUCCAACACCCCGCAAAUUCGCCUAUUAUCUCAAGCACUGCGAGAUUAUCUCCCAUAAGUGGAUCCAUUAGUAUCGGAUCUAGUCUACCUCUAAAUAACAAUCAAGCGAUGCUUGGACUGCGCAUGGGAACGCCAGUUUAUCCAGCUACUCAAGUACUGUCACAGCUACCUUCCCAGCCCAUGAUUAGUGUUUCGCGUCAACAGGGAUCUUCCGUUCCCACUCCCUCAAAUUUGGCCGUGCAAAAAGGCAUAAACGCCCAAUCGAUGCCAUCAUCAGUCCAACAGCACGGAAUCAUUCAACCCCAAAGAAUGACUAAGCCAUUGACACAAAAUAUUGGAUUGGAUAUUGGGAUUCCCGACAAUCGCGACCAACAUCCAACAGAUGGACUUCCUAGUUAUCCCACCACACCUGCUGCUUCACCACCCUAG